AUUAAAUUUCAUUUUUUCAGAUUGAAAAUUAUAAUAAAUUGUUAUGUAUUAUCAAAUACAUUCUACAAGAUUUGAAACAUGGACUUAAAGGUGAAAAGUUGUUAUCUGAAGAAUUAGAAGAAAUUUUUGAUGAUUUUUAUCUGAAGAAGGUUCCUAAAAUAUGGAAAAAGACUUAUCCAUCUUCGAAGAAAUUAGGCUCAUGGGUUGAAGAUUUAAUGAAAAGGAUAAGCCAUUUUGACAAAUGGGUAAUGAUGGCUCAUCCUCCAAUAAAGUUUUGGUUAUCAGCUUUUACUAAACCUAAAGGAUUUUUAACAGCUGUUCUUCAAGAAUAUUCUAAAAUAAAUAAGAUAGCAUUUGAUGCCUUAUCUUGGGACUUUAUUGUAUCAACAAGAGAAGAAGGACACAUUACAGAAUUUCCAGAUGAAGGGAUAUAUGUAACUGGUCUCUAUAUUGAAGGAGCUGCUUGGGAUCGUCAUAACCAUUGUUUGAUUGAAGCAAAACCUAUGCAAUUAAUUUAUCCAUUUCCAGUUGUCAACUUUAAACCUACAGAAAUUAAGAAGAAAAAAGAUAAAGAGUUAUAUUUAUGCCCAUGCUAUUAUUAUCCAGAUCGGAUGGGAACUGUUGAAUUUCCAUCUUUUGUUAUUGCUAUUGAUGUAAAAUCUGGAGAAAUAUCUUCAGAAAAUUGGAUAAAGAGAGGAACAGCAUUUCUGCUAAAUUUAGAUGGAUAAUUUUCUUUUGUUUAUGAAUACGUUCAUGUACUAAUUCCUGUUCUACUUAUUAAAUAAUGGUGUAUAUGUUUUAAAAUAAAAUUUUAAAUAAAGUAUCUUAGCAUAGUGCAAUUUACAUUCAAUAUUUAUUUAAUAUAUAACAUUAACACUUCAAAAAUUGUUAAUAAUAAAUCAAAAAGCAACUGCUUGAUUGGAAUGCAAUAUCAAAUAUAAAAAUAUUCAAGCACUUUUGGACAUCUUCAGUCCAUCAUCUGGGAUUAAGGUUCUGUUACUUCUAACUAAAAUCUUUAAAUUAUAAUUCAUAAAGAAAAGUGGGAAAUUAGACCAAUUUUUGAGAAUGGUUUAGAAUUGAAAAAGAACUAGCAAGAUUUAUUAAUAGAUGGCUGUUUGUCUAUGAAUGGGUAAAGACAUUAAUUAAUAGAUUAAAAGAAGGGCAUAUAAAAAUAAUCUCACAAUCUUUGCUUUUGAUGCCUUUGUGAAACAAGAACUUACUUUUUUACAUAAACAGAAUUUAAAGAGAUAGAUUUUAAAAAACAUAUCAGAUUAUCCAUAGUUUCUACUUUAAGCUGUGAGGAAAGUAUUAUAAACAGAUGAAUAACUGUCAGGUAACCAAUAAUGGGAUUUGUAAUGGAAUUGAGAGAGGGAGAAAUGUCUUGGAGGAAGUUAAAGGAAAAUAAAAUUUAUGGCUCAGUAUAGAACUACUGAUUUGUGGACUAUUUGGAAAAAUAAGCUUGGCAUUUAGGAUUUUUUUAUACAUUUUCAAGUGAGAGCUAGUGUUUGAAGUUAAACACAAGCAAGAAUUGGAAAUGGAAGUAUAUUUCUUGGAUAUGUGGUUCAAGAAAUUUGAAGGAAAGUUUUGAACAUGAGUAUGUAGAAAAACUAUAUUCAAACCUAUAUACGUUCUGCAAGAUUUGUAUAACCUGCUGAGAUAUAAAUUUCUGCUUUUAGAACACUAAUAGUCUGAGUGUUUGAUUUGAGAUUGAUUGUUUAUUGGAACUGACUUCAGAUUACAAAUUAAAAUAGGUUGUGCCUAGAAAAAUAGUUGCACAAAGAGCAAAUUUUGCAGUAGAAAAGUAUAAAAAUGUAACAUAGAUGAAAAAGGGCUUUACUGCAUUAUGACUUGUUUGGGAAGAGGUGGUGUGAGAGGUUUCAGGAAGAGAUAAAGAACAGAAUACUUCUAUAUAUAUAAUAAUAUUGAUAGUAGUAUUUUGAUUUGAGCUUUGCAAAAUGAUAAGUAGAAGCAUGACAAAUUAGAUAGAGUAAGUGUUUAUAUGAUUUCAGUAAUUGAGAAAAAUUUAAAUAAGAGCAAUAAUAAGAAUUCUUAAAAGCUAGAAUGGACAAGCAUUGAGGAGAUCUGAGUUUGGAAGAAAACUAUGACAUUGAGUCAAGAAGCAACGAAGAAGUACAGUGCAUUCAAUAAAAAUAAAAACACUCAGUUUUUUAAAAUUUAUUUCAGAUGGUAAAAUAAAUGGAUUAUAGCCAAAUUUAAUUUUAUGUAUUUUAACGUGUUUUUACAAUUAUGUACAAAGCUUCAAGUUCUAAUAUAAACAGUAAAAUAAUUUUAUUGAAGAAAUGAGUUUCUUGAAGUGUUCAAUAAUUAUAAGAUCACUUAUGAAUAAUACACAGAAAAUGAUAUUUCCAAGGUUAUUUAUGAAAGCUAACAAUCAGAAUGCCCCCUUUGUUUUCAGUUUCUUCAAAAAUUAUAUCUGUCGUCAACUUGAUCGGCUUUUGAAGAAAAUCCCAAGGAAUCUCCUUCCAAUUCUCAAUGAUUGUAGUUUUCAAGUUUAUGGUAUUAUCAUAUUACUUCCCAUUAGCAAAGACUGACCUGACCAUAAGUCCCAUGAUAUUCUCCAUAGGGUUCAAAUCCAGUGACAUUACUGGCCAAUCCAUGACAUGAAUCCCAUUGACCAGAACCAUUCCCAGGUAAUGUUUGGGAGCAUUAUCUUGCUGGAACUGCCACUGAAGACCCCCAGUCUUUCUCAAAACAAAAUAGAUUCUUUUCUAUCUGCUGGAUGUAUCCUUUAGCAUUCUGCCUUCCUCUAGGAAAGGCAAUAUUUGUUUUCUCUCUCUCUCUCCAAAAGCAGACCAAACCAUCAUAGAACCCCAUCCAUUUGUCAUUUGAACUGGAUUUCUCUCUCUUAAAUCAUGCUAAUAAGUAUUAGCAACCAUCAGGAAUGUCUAAAUUAAACUUUUUCUCAUUUGAUCACACUACAAUUCUUUUUUUGGAAAAUGUUCUAAAAAUAGAAGAGUUUUCCAGACUAGACCACAGUGACAAUUGUAGUAAAAAAAAUGUUAUCUAUCUGUCAUUUUCAUGAAACCUAU